AUGUUGUGCUAUAAUGAUUGCAGAUUGGAAGUGAACGAAAAGAUAUUGGAGUCGUGUAAUGCGUUGAUGGCAGCCAUAAUUGAGUUGGUGAAGAAGAGUCAUGCGAUGCAAGAGGAGAUCGUCGCGAACGGAAGAGGCAGUGCAUCACCGAAAGAAUUCUACAAACGUAAUCACGAAUGGACCGAAGGACUCAUCUCGGCUGCGAAGGCUGUCGGUGUGGCAGCAACUGUGCUCGUGCAAUGCGCAGAUGGCGUGAUAACGCGUAAAGGUAAAUUGGAGAGUUUGAUAGUGGCAUCACAAGAGAUCGGUGCAAGCACGGCGCAGUUGUUCGUAUCGUCGAGAGUGAAAGCAGAACGAGGAUCUGAGAAGUUGGCCGAAUUGUCGCGUGCAUCGCAUUCGGUUAAUACGUGCACAGCGAACGUCGUCGCUACCGUUAAAAAUGCUCAGCAAACACUCACCAAUAAGGAAGUGCUCGACUUCAGUCAUCUCUCGUUACAUGAAACGAAGAUGCAGGAAAUGGAGAGUCAAGUUCGUGUGCUCGAGUUAGAAUCCGCGUUGGAAAAGGAAAGAGUUCGAUUCUCUCAGCUAAGGAAACAACAUUAUCAUCUACCGUCAUUGGUCUCCACUGAAAACGGUUCCACAUCAUUUGAGGUAAGCUUUUUUGUUACUUAUGAAUCGCUUUCAAAUGCUGCAUUUCCGUGCUGUAACUAUUUUAUUUUUUUAGUGGUAUAA